ACAUGGCAUAUUAUUUAUUGUUUGCCUGGGUCUUGGGUUUUUUUUGUCUUUUUUUUUUUUUUUUUUUUUUUUUUUUUGGUUUUUGGGGGUUUUUUUAGUUGAUUGGUUUUUUUGUUGUUGUUUUGGGGUUUCUUUGGUGGUUGUUUUUUGGGGUUGUUUGUUUUUUGUUUAGGGUGGUUUUUUUUGGUUGGUUGGUUGUUUGGGUUUUAUUUUGUUCAUUUGGAGGGGGUUAGUGGUUUGGGGGUUUUUUUUAACCUAAAAUCUAUAUUAGAUCCAGAGACUUUCUUAUUUUAAGUUUACUUAAAAAGUCACUGGUAAUAUUCCUGAAUACUGUGAAAAUGGAUAUACAAGCAGCAGGCCUAUGAUUUUUAAGGUUUUGAGAGGUUUUGUCUGUGACUGUUUAAAUUGGAGUGAAGUAGAAGAACACAAUGGGUGGGAUAAUUUUCCUCUGGUAUCAUUGUUCAAAUUAUUGUUCAAUGUGUUUAUUUCAAAGACAAGGAAAUUUAGCUAGCUCUCAUUUUGUUGCUGUCAGACAUGAUAGCACUGACUUAAGUGAGAUUCUCAUCCUGUUUCUCAGCAAGUAUUUAUCAAGCUACCUACAACUUUCUAGAUUUUGUUAGUUAUAGCAUAUAUUACAUUAAAGUAGCUAUAAAAACUUCUAAAAUAAGGAAAGCCCAUUAUGUGUCUAAGGGGGAUGUGGAAAAUUAAAAACUCCAAAAGAUGACUUCUUUUUUAGCACUUCUGUGCACUGUUGAUAAUCUUGUUUGCAGGUACAAAGGAACAAGGAUGAAAAAAUAUUUUUUUUUGGAAGUUCCGGCAGAAGUAUGUCAUUUGUUCAGCAGUUACUUACACAUUCUGCCAUAGAACAGUCUGAUGUCGAUAUACUGUCUUUUUACCUAAUUUUUUAUUUCAUUAGAAAUUAAAAAAAAAACCAACAGAAAACCCCAAUACACAACUCUCCUUCCCCCCCCCACCACAAAAGAAAGCACCUGGCACACCAAAACACUAAAAACCCUCUCCACAUCCUGUAGCCUCUAAUACAGAAGUACUCUGUCUCCUAGUUGGUGCUUGAAUACCCAUUCACUUCGAAUAUUGCAAACGUGGGCUCACGGAAGAGAGUUCUGGAAAAGGUCUGACCCACAAGACAGCGUUGCUGGGGUUUGAGUUGCUCACUCCUCUGGAAGCUUUGAGUGUGUUUUUCUCUCCCUCCAGAAUCACUGCUCUGCUAAGACAAUGUUUGCUCUGGUACCUGUGCCACGCACUGGCUGUUAUUAACACAGACAGUCAGCAUUGUCCUGCCACUGAGCUGUGAGGAAAUAAGCCCCCUCAAUGGUUUUUUUGUAAACAGCCUCUUCCUUGUGAUUAAAGAAGUAGCUGCUUGUAACUUUAAAAUUUUCAUUUAAAUCUUCUUUGAUAAGAGUUCAAAUGCCUGAUUAUGCAAAAUACCCAUUUGAAAAAAACCACCCAGACACAUUAAUGGCAACUUGUUUUAUGUAAAGUCGAUUGCACGUAUAGUUUGGGAGUUUCUGUUUUAAUUUUCCUUUAAAAGUUAACAGUAAAUAAAGUCAGCAUUUUCAGAGGAAAUAGUUCAUAUUCUAUGUUCAACAGCAUGAAGAGCCAGACUAAAUCAGAAAAUAAACCUUCAACUGCUAUAAACGCAUCAAAAUACAUAUAUUUUACAAUGAGAUACAUGUCUGAAAUGCGGCAUAGGUGUUUUCCAGUUGAAAAAUAUGCCAUACAAAGGAUCAAAAAAACGUGGAAUGCCUAAUGAAAAGGGACAGCCUGGUUUUACAGUCUGGCAGGAGGAUAGCACUGAGAUUAGGGGAUUGAGCAAAAAGCCGCAUGCAGAAUUGCGGGUCUUUAUAUAAUGGCUUUAGUAAGUAUCCUUUAGGACCCAGUGGAAAUGUUUAUGAGGUAAACUUGGUGAGUAAUGGCCAAUCAUUAAGCGGUGAUGAGGGAAAAGCUUUGAGUGCGAAGCCCCUGAAAGCCUGUCGAAAGCAUCACGUCGGGAAAGCAGCGUUUGUGCCACUGAUCGCUGACCAACGCGCGACACCGGAAUUAGAGUUGAUUCAAUGUUUAAGCCCGGGGGGACUUGUACUACAGGAGGUCACUGGAGUGCAGAGUGCCCGGCACCCAUUUCCAGCAAGAUGCCUUAUUUUGCAAAACUCCUUUUAUUAAUCUUCUGCUUAGUUCUUCUUGUGGAAAGCAGAAAACACAGGAGGAGGAGGUGGACAAGCCAGCUGGAUGUGCAGAGGGCAAGUCACAUCUUUAAGAAGAACCAUGACUUGACCAAAGCUUGGAAAGGAAAGACAGAACAGCUUCUCAGAGUCGAUGAACAUGACUUCACCAUGCGGCCAGCUUUUGGAGGCCCUGCAAUUCCUGUUGGGGUGGAUGUGCAAGUUGAAAGCUUGGACAGUAUUUCUGAAGUUGACAUGGAUUUCACUAUGACCUUAUACUUAAGGCACUACUGGAAGGAUGAGCGUCUCUCCUUUCCCAGCACCAACAACAAGAGCAUGACCUUUGACGGCAGGCUGGUGAAGAAGAUCUGGGUCCCUGAUGUCUUCUUUGUGCAUUCCAAGAGGUCCUUCAUUCAUGAUACCACCACAGACAACAUCAUGCUGCGAGUGUUCCCUGAUGGUCAUGUCCUCUACAGCAUGAGGGUCACAGUGACAGCAAUGUGCAACAUGGACUUCAGCUGCUUCCCCCUGGACUCUCAGACAUGUUCUCUGGAGCUGGAAAGCUAUGCUUACACUGAUGAAGAUCUGAUGCUGUACUGGAAAAAUGGGAAUGAAUCUCUGAAAACUGAUGAAAAGAUUUCUUUGUCUCAGUUUUUGAUACAAAAAUUCCACACUACAUCAAGACUGGCUUUCUACAGUAGCACGGGUUGGUACAAUCGACUCUACAUUAACUUCACUUUACGUCGACACAUCUUCUUCUUCUUGCUCCAAACUUACUUCCCUGCCACCCUCAUGGUCAUGUUGUCCUGGGUGUCCUUCUGGAUUGAUCACCGAGCAGUUCCUGCCAGAGUCUCUUUGGGGAUAACCACUGUGCUGACCAUGUCCACGAUCAUCACUGGGGUGAAUGCUUCCAUGCCUCGUGUUUCCUACAUCAAAGCCGUGGACAUUUACCUGUGGGUCAGUUUUGUGUUUGUCUUCCUCUCGGUGUUGGAAUAUGCAGCUGUGAAUUACCUGACGACGGUGCAAGAGCGGAAGGAGAGGAAACUCCAGAAGAGGUUUUCAUGUUCGUGCGGAAUACCUCACUCGAAAACUAUGAUGCUGGAUGGAAACUGCAGUGAAUCUGAUGCCAACAGCCUGGCAGGAUAUACAAGAAACCAGAUGGUACCAGAAGAAGAAAAACAAGAAAAGAUAGUUGUGCAUUUGGCUAUGAGCAAUGAAUCUAAUUCAUCAAGGAAGAGAGGCCUGAAGGGUCAUGUGGGCUUGCGCAUCAUCCAGAACACUCAUGCAAUUGAUAAAUACUCAAGAUUAAUAUUCCCAGGCACCUAUAUAUUUUUUAAUUUGAUAUAUUGGUCUGUCUUUAGCUAAGCAUGCUGGCACAGCAGUGACUGAUUCAGAACACAUUUACAAAACUCUCUUUUGUUGGUACUUUUUCAGUCAAAUCUGGAUGCAAAGCCAGAAAACUCUUUCUUUUAUUGCUUCUUCGAAGGGCAAAGGGGAGGACUCCAGUAAGCAACUCCACGCACAGGCAUCAUGGAGGAACCUGCUGUGCUGGUUGAUUUUCAACCCACACCCCAGCUCCUGUUUGCUUUAAGACGCAUGCCAUUUCUCAUACUUGAAAAUAUGUGCUCACCCUUACACCCAAAAGGUGCUGGCCAUGCUGGUGGUGCCUGCUGUACAAUGGACAACUAGAAACAGUGCUCAUGUGAGCUGUAAGGAAUUAGAUAAAUGCAAAUUGCAAUGGGAGGUCUGGACAGUGCAUCUCCUGUAAGGGAACUGAAUGAACCUUUCCUUUUAAAAUCUCUGCUUUUGAGCAAAUUAUUUUAUUUUUCUUUGGCAUAUUAGCAUUGUAGUCUUUUCAAUUGUUUUAUGAAGAAUGCCUCCUUUCAGGGUCCAAAUUCUACUUUCUCUGGAUAGGACCUUCAUCAACACUAUUAGGGCAGUUGACUGUCCAAGGUCAGCUGGACUGGUUACAGAGUGCAGGUGGUAUGUUUGUGUCAGUGGUAAGAUUAUAAGUAAGGAGCGAUGAUGAAGGAGAGCUAAGAAGCCCACAGACUCACAGAAGAUGGCUCCCAGGGUACCUGGGUAAGGAAAGCGGGGAGGUUUAGGCACAUGUUCUCCAUAUCAAUGGAGCACAGUAGGUAGCACCUACUCUCUAAAAUGAGAAGGGGAACUGAUCUGUAGCAUUCACACACGUGGUGAAUGGGCAGUGCCCCUAGGACUUGGACCUUCACAUUCCCUCCCAAGAAACAGAAAUCAGUGUUGAGAGCAGCACACAUGGCUUUCAAAGGUUUUCCUGUGAGGAAAGUGCAGCCCACAGACAAACUGUACAUGCCCAUGUGCCUCUCCCAGUCAACACAAUGUCCUUCUUCUGAAUGUGUUCAGGCAUUUGGGAUCAAAAGGGAGAUGUGUCUGCCAGAACCUCUCUCUGCAGAAACAGAGGUAUGGCAGAGAUUAGAUGGCCAAGAAUAAUAUUGUGGGGUCCAAGGUCGAUGUAAAGCCUUUGAAGCUGCUUCAAAGCAUUGUAACAAGCUUAUGUGCUUGGCAGUUCUUUUCUCAUCCUGUGAUAUCUCCCCUUCCUUUGCUAACAAUGCUGACUGCAAAACCCAAAUGUAGAAAUAUUAUAGCAACAAGACAACAAUGCUCAGGUUUGUGUGCUCCUUAGUUUUAGAAAACAGAAGGACUUUUUGGCUGUGUUGGAGAUUAUGUACAUCAAAAUAUUUGUUUACCAUGCUGAAACUGAGCAGUAGGGGCAGAAUUUGAAACGUGAAGAGCCAGGACUGAGGUUAGAAUAAAGAAAAAGCAAACAAAAAUACCAGUGCAGCCAUAACUAUUUGUCAGCAUGUGAAAUUUUUUGCUCACCCUAGCAGUUAUUCUUACGUCCUAAAUCUCAAGGGAUGUAAAAAUGGCAGAGAAUUGUCAACAACAUUGUUGACUGUCAACAAAACCCGGGUUUUCCCUCAAACAUUACUGCCUAAGUCAAGCUGAUGGUGGCACUGAUUUACUGAAAAUGAAACUAAAAUUAACAACCAUGUUCCCUUUUUGUCAGCCCUGUUAAUAACUGACAUAAAUGGGGUUCUGUCUGGUCACGAAGUGAGAAAAUACAUCCCUGAAAUUGCUGGCAAGAAGAGGAGCCAUGGAAGGACAUGGAAGUGUCUGAGAGCAUGGAUUGUGCUGUACCCCAGCCUGCUACUUGUGUGUACCCCAGCCUACAGCAGGUCAGUGCAUUUACCACCCAUCACUUCUGGAGCUGAAACCUUGCUACUUCUCACAUUGACAAGUGGAGAUUACUACAAGAAAGAUGCAAAAAAUAUUAAAGAAAUAGACCACUCCUUUUUUUGAGAGGUUAAAGUUUGGACACAGCAGUGCAUUCUUCAGCAUUAGCAGUUUUGAGUGCAAAACAGGAACCAAUGCCCCAGCUGGCAGCAGGACAGUGCAGCAAAGGGACUUCUGCUGGGAAAAGGCAGCAGAACUGCACCAUGAAGUCACCAGAGAGCACAGGGAGUGGGAAACUUGGUUCCUGUGCCCUCCUGUUUUGCCAGUCUUCCUGCAUUGCCCAUGGCAUGUGCCAUUUAACCUCUCAGUGCCUCAUCUCCUCCAUCUAGAAAGUGAGGAGCGGUAAGAUUUACCUACCUCAUAAGCUGCCAAGGGGCUUAACUUGCUCAGCUAGCACAUGUGUGGGGCAUGGUUAUGAUUUCUGAGCAGGUCACCCACUGGGAAUCCGAUUUUGUCUUAGUUACCAGCAAGUUGUUCAAAUGCAUCCUCUGAAUCAGUUUAGGUGGAAGAAAGCAGGUUUCUCCCCUGCCUUAUAAUGCUAUUGAAGCUCCCCUGCAUUAUAAUGAUAUUAAACCAGGGAUAAAUGUAGCCAAACAGCCAAAAAGCGAGUGCUGUCAAUGAAUAAUGCCUCCUUGCAUACAAAACCCAGGAAGUCCUAGUGCUUUACUUUGCCAUUUGUUUUUAUGACACCUCCUGUUCCCUUAGAAGUUAUGACAAAGAUGUCCUUUAGAUCUGUCAUCUUCAUUUGAACAUUGCCUGUAGUUAAAUGUCUAAUAAGCAUCUUUUGGAGAGGAUACCUUGCUGUUAUUUUAUUUGCAUGUGUACAUAACUGAUAGAGAUUGAUGUCUGUUUCUACCAGACACAAUUAUACAGCCUAUAAAACCAUCAAGAGGGUGUUUUUCCAUUAAAGCAAAAAAAGUCCAUACUCAAACUUAGACACCACUUACACUUAUUAUUCAUUAAAACAACAGAUGGAAAACAUAGAUACAAAUAAAGCUGAGACUUCUUCAGGCAGCAUUAGGAGUUGUAUUUUUCUGCUUAUGAAGAGGAGAGUGGCUAGACAUGGAGGUAGAAUGAAUAUUUGAAGUGUAGAUUGACAAUAUAUUUCACCCUUGAUUUACCCUGGAUUACAAGAGACUCCAUGAGCAUUGUCUAACUUCCAGUUGCAAGAUCCAACCAAUGUUUUGAGAAAUAGUGCCUGAAGCUAGGCUCUGAGUACUGUUUGAUGGAUACAACCCAAUUCUGUGAAGCACUAAGCAUCUGGACAAUGAACCUACUGAAGGACAGGAUUUUCAGAAAUGCACAGGAGAUUUGAGCAGAGGAGAUUGGGGUCACUGAUGAAUAUGCCUUCUCCAGACAACCCUGUCCAACUCUGAAGAGAGAAAAUGUCAGCUCUGCUUAUUUCUACAUCUGGCUCCAUUGUCAUUUUACUUACUUCUAACCAAAUCAUGUCUCUGAAAAAAAGUAACUAUGUAGAUAUGUACACGUAUGUAUAAUGUAUAUGCAGGUGUAAUGUAUAAUGUAGGAUGACACUGGGAUGUGUACCUAUGUUAAAUAGUGUACAUAUGUGAAAUUGUAAUAUAUUGUAUGUAAAUUACCAUUUAUUAUGCCCAGAAAACUUAUUAUGUUGAAUGGAAAAAAGGCUCUUAUUGUCAGCCAAGGCCCAAGAAAUGAGGUAUUAGCAAAAAAUAGGAGUUCGCUCACAUUUUCCUUCUGAAAAAGGAGGCGUUGAGAAGGAGGCAAGAAAUGCUGAUGCUAAACUUGUACAAUGGGUGCAAUCCACUGUGCUGAUUGCUGUAAUCAAACCUGGUAAUAAAAUAACAGAUGGAAAGGGUGGGAAAGAGUCCAUUUCAUGGUGUGACCUUUAAAUUUGAUUUUAAUUCUGUUUGGAGCUUUGAAUAAACACCUUACUUGUAAUUGAUUUUAAGUAAAAAGCAUCUCAAAAGGUGGAAGAAAUGUAGUGUAAGCAUGCAAGGAUUUUGAAGUAUGUAAAGCUCCUCAGGAAAAAGGAGCUGCUAAUUACAGAUAUAAGCUAUGGAGACAUUUUGUGAAAACUGCAGCCCACAACUGAAGAAAUUGUAAUAAUUGCUUUACAAUUAGUGGCACAUUCUCAGAAGCCCAAAUGACAGGUAUAUAUCUCAAUCUCCAUUUGACUACAAAUAAGAACUUGUCAUUUAAUUCUUCCUCUCUGCCUUUGAAACUAUUGUCUCCACACAUCCCGAUGGAAGAUAAAACCAGUCUGGGAUUCCGUCUGCCCAAUCUCAUCUAUUAUCCCUAAUACAGACAAUGGAACUAAAGUAAAUGUGCACGGGUGAGGCUUAAUAAUGGCUGUUGUCUGUCAAAUUUCCACAAUGGAGAGAUUACAGCAAGGUACAGCCUAAUUAAGUGAGAUACUGCCCUGCUGAAAUUUAAAGAGCAGGAAAAUGUAUUUUAAAAACAGCAAGAAUUUAGCACUAUUAAAAUUAAAAUGUAAUCCAGUCUCAUACUAAGCUGAUUAAUGCCUUUGCAAAAAUGACAUUUGAAAUAAAAUAUCAGGGUCAUUA